GCGGCGGGAACUGCAAUUGGCAGCUUUGAAGACGCUGCGGGCGGGAACAGCUGCUGUGGAGUGAGACGGCUGGCGAUGUGAACGUGCUAAAGAAAUGGAUGAAACCAUUGCCGAGUUUAUCAAGAGGACCAUCUUGAAAAUCCCAAUGGCUGAAAUGAUGACAAUCCUACAAGCCUGGGGUUUUUUAUCUGAAAAUCAACUGCAGGACAUCAACUUCCGGAAGAGAAAGGAAUCUCUUGUUCAUGACUUGGUCCUGCUUUGUGAGGAGAAGCGUGCACGUGUCAGUGACGCUGCCCUUUUAGACAUCAUCUAUACUCAAUUUCAUCGGCACCAGAAAGUUUGGGAUGUUUUUCAGAUGACUAAAGAACCAGGUGGAGACAUUGACCUUUUUGAUAUGAAACAAUUCAAAAGUUCAUUUAAGAAAAUUCUUCAGAGAGCAUUAAAAAAUGUAUCGGUCACCUUCAGAGAUGCUGAGGAGAAUGCAGUAUGGAUUCGAAUUGCCUGGGGAACACAGUAUAGGAAGCCAAACCAGUACAAACCUACUUACGUGGUGUAUUAUCCCCAGACUCCAUACGCUUUCAUUUCUUCCUCGCAGUUGAGGAGCAGUAUUCCCCUUCUGGGCCAGGCAUUGACAAUUGCUAGCAAACACCAUCGGAUUGUGAAAAUGGACUUCAGAAGCCGAUAUCUGGACUCUCUUAAGGCUAUUGUUUUUGAGCAGUAUAAUCAGACCUUUGAAACUCACAACGCUACUACACCUCCACAAGAAAGAAGCCUUGGGCUAGAUAUAAAUAUGGAUUCAAGGAUCAUUCAUGAAAACAGAAUAGAAAAAGACAGAGUCCAAAGAAUUACUCAAGAAGUUUUUGGAGACUACCCUCAACCAAGACUAGAAUUUGCACAAUAUAAGCUUGAAACAAAAUUCAAAAGUGACUUAAAUAGGGGCAUCUUGGCUGAAAGAAAUGAACCCCUCCGGUGCCUAGUCAAGUUCUCUAGCCCAAAUCUUCUGGAAGCAUUGAAGUCCUUGGCACCAGCAGGUAUUGCAGAUGCACCACUUUCUCCAUUGCUCACUUGCAUACCCAAAAAGAGAAUGAAUUAUUUUAAAAUUAAAGAUAAAUAAGAUGUAUAUGGUUUUGUAAACAUCACAUCUCCCUGACUAUAUCACAUACACAUUUCACUUCAUAGAUAGCUGAAUAGCUUCUGUCAAAAACCUGUGCUUUAGACAUGAACCCUUAAUUUAGAAAUGUUCAGUAUAAUGGUUGGGAAUGACUCAUUCCUUUUCCACUGUAUGCUCCCCUCUCCCCCAUAUUCUGCAAAGUGCAGCAGUUGUGGGCCUAGAAUAAGUGACAAGGUGUUCUUUCACAUCUGUCUCUCCUCACUCAUAGUGAGGCCUGGUUCCAAUUGCUGGUUUUCAGGAAUUUUCCCUUAACCCUUGGAUUACAUAAAGAAGCACCAAGAAACUACCAAACUCAAAACUUUCUAGGAUAAUGAGACUUGGGUCCAUUAAAUUAUUAUUGCAGGAGAUAGCAAUCAGAUGAUUCAGUUAUAUAAAAUAAUGGUUUCAUUGUAAAUAUGCUUUUUAUUAUCUAUUUUCUCAUACAUGUGAUAUUCAAACUGACCAAUUUUAUACUGAUUUGUGAAUAAAGGUAUUUAAAAACUGA